UAAUACGUUGCAUUUACCUAACUCAUCAAUUGAAGAAAACCUGGGACCACAGUGGGCAUCGGGAGAGUAGUUUCAAGAAUGGCACUUGUGGGUGUCUUUGUAUUAUGUGCGUCCUGAGAAGAAAGAGGAAAUGUCGGAUGCAUUAUCAUCACUGUGAGAGUUAAUAGCACGUUCAUCCUGACCGAUGUGUGGAUUACAUGCCACGUCGUUUUGAGAGUAGGAACACAAUGUGUCUGACAAGAAAAUAUCAGCACGGAUUCUGCAAAAUCGCCUGAGAAUUGCGGAUGUUUUUUUCGAUGCAGUUUUUGGGGAGGGAGCGGGAGAAGGACCGUUCUCCGUCUAAGCAGGGAUCCUGCAGACAUCGGCGUCUUCGUUAACAAGGACAGCUUUACGGUGGAUUUGAAGUUAACAUGAGGACGACCAGAACCCCUUGGAACAGUGAUUGAAUUGGCAGUGAGCCCCAAUCCUCAUUCCAAAGAGUGAAAGACCAGUCAAUGAAUUAUGAAUGUUAAACAAGAUGACCUCCUAUCAGCAGCAGCAGACGAUGCGAGGUCCUAGGUGGAACCGGGCCUUGUCCGACCCUUUGUUUGUGCUGCUUCUGGCCCUCCAGCUGCUGGUGGUGGCAGGGCUGGUACGUGCUCAGACGUGCCCCUCUGCCUGCUCCUGUAGUAACCAGUUCAGCAAAGUCAUCUGCACCCGACGAGGCCUGCGGGAAGUCCCUGAUGGCAUCUCUACCAACACACGCUACCUGAAUCUGCAAGAAAAUCUUAUUCAGGUCAUAAAGGUAGACAGCUUUAAGCAUCUGAGACACCUGGAGAUCCUGCAGCUGAGCAAAAACCACAUACGCAAAAUUGAGCUGGGGGCUUUCAAUGGACUGGCCAGCCUCAAUACCUUGGAGCUUUUUGAUAACCGCCUCACCACUAUCCCAAACGGGGCAUUUGAAUACCUGUCCAAACUAAAGGAGCUUUGGCUGAGGAAUAACCCCAUAGAGAGCAUUCCCUCCUAUGCUUUCAACAGAGUGCCCUCAUUGCGGAGGUUGGACCUUGGGGAGCUCAAGCGACUCUCAUAUAUAUCUGAGGGGGCCUUUGAAGGGCUGAGCAAUCUGCGCUACUUAAAUCUGGGAAUGUGCAAUCUGAAGGAAAUUCCCAACCUUAUUCCCCUGGUGAAGCUGGAUGAACUGGAGAUGUCGGGGAACCAGCUAACUGUCAUCCGACCCGGCUCUUUUAAAGGGCUCAUCCAUUUGCAGAAGCUAUGGAUGAUGCAUGCCCAGAUCCAGAUAAUAGAAAGGAACUCUUUUGAUGACCUGCAGUCACUAGUGGAGCUCAAUCUAGCCCAUAACAAUCUUACCCUUUUGCCCCAUGAUCUAUUCACCCCUUUACAUCACCUGGAGAGGGUGCACUUGCACCACAACCCGUGGAAUUGUAACUGUGACAUCCUAUGGCUAAGCUGGUGGCUUAAGGAGAUGGUACCAGCAAACACCAGCUGCUGUGCCCGCUGCAGCUCUCCAUCCAACCAUAAGGGAAGAUACAUUGGCGAGCUGGACCAGAACUACUUUCACUGUUACGCUCCUGUUAUUGUGGAGCCCCCCACAGACCUAAAUGUGACAGAGGGAAGUGCUGCAGAGCUGAAAUGCAGAGCUAACUCCUUGACCUCGGUGAGCUGGAUUACACCCAAUGGUUCCGUCAUGACACAUGGCGCUUACAAGAUCCGAAUCUCAGUGCUGAAUGACGGAACUCUGAACUUCACUAAUGUUACCAUGCAGGACACAGGCACAUACACAUGUAUGGUCAGUAAUUCUGCAGGUAACACAACAGCCUCUGCCACGCUCAAUGUGUCCUCUACAGAGAACAGCAGCUUCAGCUACUUCACCACAGUGACAGUGGAGACCAUAGAAACACCACAUGAAGGCUUCACCACCGCUGUGCAACAGAAAGUGGGCCCUACACCUUCUGCUGGUACGUGGGAGUCUGUUUCACUGACCUCUACAACGACCACCACAGUCCGGACCCCACUGUCCACACGUGCCACAGAGAAGACUUACACAAUCCCUGUCACGGAGCAGGGCGGGGAGGAUUCGCUGAACGGUUUGGAUGAGGUAAUGAAGACGACCAAGAUCAUCAUUGGUUGCUUUGUUGCAAUCACACUCAUGGCAGCGGUGAUGCUGAUCAUCUUCUACAAGAUGCGCAAACAGCACCACCAGCAGAACCACCACCCAACCACUCGCACCAUUGAGAUCAUCAACGUGGACGAGGACUGUGUAACAGGGGGCCCGGGCAUGGAGGGCCACCUGACCCUGCCGCCUCUUGAGCAUGAGCACCUCAACCAUUAUAACGCAUAUAAGACUGCAUACAACCAUGCCUCCACUAUGAACUCCAUACACAGCUCAGCGCACGAACCUUUGCUAAUCCGGGCAAGCUCAAAAGACAAUGUACAAGAGACCCAGAUCUAAUUUCUUUUUUUUUUUCAAAAUGAGACAUUAUAAAACUUGGAAUAGCAUAAUGGAAGGACAUUACUGACAGCUGGUUGUGUAACUGUGGCUAGAACACGGAGGAAUAGACGUGUGUGUUUGGCAAAUCAGUGGCUGGUGAUGUUUAUUCAAUGACUUUGGGAAUUAGGGUAUGUCUACUGUUUCAAAAAGUGUCUUUACAAAACAGAAGUUAUUUAUUUAAGAAAAAACUAUUGUGGUUAAAUCAAGAAAAAACUGUAUUCUGCAAUUAUUUUUUCAGCACCAAAUUUUAGUUUUUUUGCCCUUCCUCUCAUUUCACAGAUUGGUUUACUAAUAUGCUUUUCAAACUCGGUUUGAAGACAUCUGUUGAAGAAAACCUCCUAAAGUAAAUUAUUGUUCUUAUUGGUAAACUGCUGUAUUUGGAUCAGAUGAGAUAGCAACUUCAUUUCCCCAUGUAUCAAAGGAAUCUAGACCACAUUAGUGAUUUUCUCCUGCUGUGGAUUAAGUGAUGACAUCUUUUGUGACCAUCUGUAAUUGAGAUUAAUCAAACACUUGCUCAUUUUUUAUAGUAAGUGACAGAACUCUCAGUGAUGAAAUUUGAUCAUAAUUAACUGUUUAAUUAUAUCUGUCACAUACAUAUAAGGCAUUCUCUGCUCUGUCAUCAAUAGACUGAGGUUUAAAUAAAGGAACUGUGUCCUGCGUUCUGCUGUUGUAAAAGUCAAGGGUGACUAUUAGAAGUGCAUUUUAGUUAAAUUAAAUUCUAUUGAUUUACUCUGAAGAAAAAAAACACAUUUGUCUUUGUGUUCCUAAUCUCAACUUGCUUUGACUCCAGUUCUGGUAGACGUCUUCUCAUUAUAAUAAAGAACAUUCCAUUAAUUGCAUUAAGACUAAUUUAUAUUCUGAGGGCCAUGAUCCUCGAGCACCAUUAACAGGUACUUUAGAUUCUUCAUAAUUGUGAUUGCAAAAAUAGGGAAAUCUUGAAUAUAGAUGCUGUUGAAUUCUGGCAAUAGUCCACUUCCUGUUUCCAAUAUAUCAUGGCCUCACUCUUUCCUUUCGGUGCUUUGUAUUGUGGCAUAUGCAGAUGAUUGCUUUGAAGCCACCUUUUAUAUGCUGGGACCCCUUACCUCAUAUGCACUACUGCAGGAGUGCUGUCAGAAGCAGUCUGAUGGAGUGAAGAAAAGAUCUUAAACCCUUUUAUACAACUGCCUGAGCACAUUGCCUGUCAUCUUUGUGCCAUAUUUCCACACGGACUGUGCCUGGCAGCCCCAGAUGUACACCCUGCCCCUGCCAACCGAAUGACUUGGCCCUGGGCAAUGGGGCUUAUGCUUUAGGGGUGAAUGUGUGGGAUUGGGCAUCAACCAGAUGUUUGGGUUGCACCUGCCUCUCUCCCUUUGCGACAACACAAUUUCCAUAUUAAUUGAUGUGUCCAUGGGCUUUGGAAGAACACGGCUCUGCAGGCACCCAUCCACUGGAAACCAUUUGAAAGUUUCCACUGUAGAAAAAAGUGUCAGGCACCAGAGGUUAGGCAGACAUUUGUCAGAUCCAAAACUGAGGGAGAUGCCCCAAGGUUUAUGUUUGAGGGAAUAAUGGCAGGUAUUGCUUCCUUUACAGUAAUAUGUAAUGAGAGGUUAAGCCAUUGUCACACUUAAUUCAGUUUGUGUUUAAUUAUAGAUAGAUAUUGGUAUGCACCUUCUUUGGGGUCACCAUGAACUCCACUAACAGAAUGACAGAAAUGGUGGAUACACAGCAGAAAUAAAGUAUCAACAUAUCAACUGAAACAUCUGAAAGACCCAGCUGCAUACUUUAAUAUCUGCUGUCCACUUGUAUGUUCAUUUGGUUUCAAAGAGUAACAUUUUACCAUUUUGUUUGCUAAAAUAGAACACUGUCAAGCUUAUAUGCUGUAUUUUUGUUAGUCCAUGCAUGUUACAGCACCCACUACCCGCCCUUCUAGAAGUCAAAACCACACACAACCAUUCUGGCUCGCCUUCCUCUGAUCAUCUUUAAACAAAGCAGAGUACAGAUGAGUUUAACAACAGUUCACUGUCCCACAUUGCAUAAUAAAGACAAUGAAACUAAAUUAAAUCUAUCUAUAAACCUAUUACAGCCAGCUUUAAAGCCUACAUGGAUUGAGUGCUUUAUACUCUAAAGGAUUUUUGACCUAAAAGACAAAUAGGCUUCUUCCCUUAGCUUAGUCAGUAUUUUCCAAGUUGGGAGAAUAAAUGAGAAACAGUAGCAGUCCUCAUGACUAGGAUAUGAACUAUCAUGGCUAGGAUAUGAAAAGUGAAGUAAAUUGAACAACAAGAUAAUAAUCUAAAGCACUAUUCCCACAAUACUCAUGAAAGCAGGGCUCCUACUCUGUGAUACAAUUAAUUGCAUAGAUAAUAUUGGGGUUAAUAAUGAUGUAAUCUGGUAAGUAAACAUUUCAAUAACACUUCACAUUUCACCUCAGGUCAGUCGAUAAUUAUAGUCCCAUAGGAAACAGCAGCAUUUUAUUUCUUUUUUUCCAGCACAUUUUUCUUCUUCUGCCAUGUCAGAAAUGUUGGAAGUCUUUCAUGGAGAUUAUUAAUUGGAGCUUUAAAACUAUCUGGGAUGCAAAUUAAGGAGGUUAUCGUAUCCACUCAGUAUGGAGACCCACUAAUCAAUUUGCUUAUCAAGAUAUUUUUGGAGAUGUUUCAUUACAUUGAUUUAUUCACUUUGAAUGUGCUGCAUAUAAGAUUAAUGUGGGGGGUAGAUUCUUAACAUGGGGUCCCCAGAUAGUGUAGUCCAUACGGAAUGAUAUAAUUGAUUACCCUGUAUCAAGCUUUCGCCAUCACCCCCUUACACCAUUUUCCCCAAAAUGGCACUUCUGUGGAGUUUGGCACAUUUGUAAACCAUAGAAAGACAUGGGUUUGUGUCCAUUAGUCUGUGUUUGAGUUCCUAGUGGUGGGAUGUGGAUCACAAUUCUGCUCAGUUUACAUAAGAGUGUUACCAUCCUCCCUUUUUGCCUUUAGUUGGAGGUAAAUUGUCUGAAAAUUUAAAUGGUAAAUUUGUUGCAUUUUAGUCGAGCUGUCUCAUGUAUGUAAGAUAUCUAAAUAUUGUUGGUCAAUAUUAUUUUGUUCACAUUAUUUUCUUUUUUUUCUGAGAGGGAAUGCUGUUUUAGUGGUAGAUUUAUAUUAAAAAUACAUUUUGAGAAUAAAAACAAAAACAUUUUGAUUUUACAUGUGCCAACAACUUGUUCUAAAAGUGAAAACGAGAAAAAUGCUGUAUAAGAAUAUCAGAUUGAUUUUCAUGUAAACAUUCUUUCAUGACCUUUAAAAGAUAUGGAGAUCAAUCAUAGAGACCAGAGUUUGUAGUUCAUACACAAAAUAUGGUUAAAAAUAAACUAUUGUUGUUUUU